CGCGCAUGCGCAGGCCGUGCCGUCGGGAGGAGGAGGAGGACGCGAUCAGUCCGACACAAAGUCCUCAUGACGCGGUAGCAGCAGCAGCAGACAGCUGGAUAAGAGCUCAGUUUCCAGGUGAAAAUGGCGGUGGAGAAGCGCCUGGCGUUCUCUAUUGUGCAGUUCCUACGAGACCAAACACAUUGCGGAGCUUUGAAUUCUGACGAGCAGGAGAGCCUGGAAGUAGCGAUACAGUGUUUGGAGACGACCUUUAAGAUCAGCCCCAGUGACUGCCACCUGGCUGUGCCACAGCCGCUGACAGAGAUAUUCCUCAACACCCUGCUCAAGAAUGACAACAUCACCAUACCCGAGACCUCCCCGUCUGCAGAGGACAUCGAGCGAGCGGAGCAGCUCAAGAACGAAGGGAACAAUCACAUGAAGGAAGAGAACUACAGAUGUGCGGUGGAGUGCUACACAAAGGCCAUAGACCUGGACCUGAGAAACGCUGUGUACUACUGCAAUAGGGCUGCAGCUCACAGUAAACUGGGAAAUUACACGGAGGCAACUGGUGACUGCGAGAGAGCCAUUGGCAUCGAUCCCACCUACAGUAAAGCUUAUGGACGGAUGGGGUUGGCUCUGACUGCCAUGAACAAGUAUCCUGAGGCCAUUUCCUACUUUAAGAAAGCGUUGGUUUUAGACCCCGACAAUGACACGUACAAAUCCAACCUGAAGAUUGCAGAGCAGAAGCAAAAAGAAGCAACCAGUCCCGUAGCCGCUGGAUUGGGGUUUGACAUGGCGAGUUUGAUCAACAACCCUGCCUUCAUUAGCAUGGCCGCAAGCGUGAUGCAGAACCAACAAGUGCAACAACUUAUGUCAGGAAUGAUGUCGAACGCAGUCGGGGGUCAUGCAGCGGGAGUGGGCGGAUUGUCAGACCUCUCCAGCUUGAUUGAAGCGGGACAACAGUUUGCUCAGCAGAUCCAGCAGCAGAACCCGGAGCUGAUCGAGCAGUUAAGGAACCACAUCCGGAGCCGCUCCUUCAGCGGCAGCGCCGAGGAGCACUCAUGAUCUACUCAGCCUCACAUUUAUUUUUUUAUUUUUUGCAAGGAAGGGCAACCAUAUGGCGCGAUUACAAUCUCUUCACCCAUUUCUUAAAGUCCCCCCGGCAUUGGCUGGAAUGAAGAGACACGGACGGGGUUGAAGGCACUUUACUGUGACUAAAGGCUCUUGGAGCCUGGAGACCGGACCAUGAAAUGGAGCAUCCCAUACAUGUAGGGCAAAACAUAUUGUUAACAAUCGUAAAAAAAAAAGAAGAAAAAAAAAGAGGCAAGAACUCAUUCAGCUGAUUUACAGAAAUUCCUUCUUCAGAGCUUUUACUGCAGUGUGUGUGUGUGUGUGUGUGUGUGUGUGCUGAGGAUGGAAGUGAUUUAUAUUAUCCUCAAUUCAUUUUAAAAUACAGCAUUGUCCACUUAGUUUGCAAAAAAUUGCUGAAUUCCAGUUUGUCCACUUACGUCUAAAAAGCAAAGCAUAAAAAGGAAAAAGACAAUAAAAUUUCUAGAACUCGUUGCUCGUAUAUGGGCAGACCACACACACUUUGGUGAUGUCAUCAUAUUCAUACGUCCUUCAAAAAAAGACAAAAGAGGCAAGAAUGCGUACAGAAAUGACUUCUUCAGAGCUUUUACUGCAGUGUGUAAGCGUGUGAGUCGAGGAUGCUUCUGUCUAUGUCAUGAUGAAUGAAUGGUGAGGGACGAAUGUACUUUUACAGCAUCGCAGGGAACAUUUCAGCUUUUCCUUUUCAUACACUACAUGAGAGGUUUCCCUUGUUUAUAUUGCAUCUUGUUUGAUAUUAUUUUUGUAGACGGAACACGCUCUCAUUCGUUGGGACCAUCCGGUCCUCGAUCACGUCGGACUCUCACCACUGCUCCUCACCGAGUACUACUUAACUUUUAAAGACAACUGUGUAAUUGUAUAGCAGUGUUUUGCAGCCUGCAUUAAGUUGUCAUUGCACUUUAGCGAACCAUCCCCCCCUUUAAGCCGACUCAAUUGUUCAUGAACUUUAAGACAACUUAUUCGGAUUGUUCAUUUUGCAUGCACUUAAAUCUGGCAUUUGAGAUCAGAUGCUUUACGGAAACUAAUAGGUAUGCUAAGGCAGCACAAUGUUUUGUCUUAAAUAUGUGAAUAAAUGUCUUGAAAUGGA